CUGGCGCCUACGGGCAUGGCGGCAGAUGUUGCACGUGACUCCUCUCUCUAUGGGUCUAUCAUAGUCGGCGGCGGGCACGUGCAAGGCCUGGUUAGUUACACUAUCAUGGAUGACCUCACCAUCACCCCCAUGUCCAACAUAUCCGCGGUGGUGCUGAUAACCAAGCUCAAUAGGGAACAAAAGGACCUCGUGCUCGAGGAGAAGUCUGUGAAGAUUGGUAACAAAGAGGCGCUCGAUAUUCUCAAGGCUUCAAUGAAUUCCAAUACCGUCCUCACCGAUGUGUUCCUGUCUGACAACAGUACUGAUGUCUCCCUAUCCAAGAAUAAAAGGGCUCGUACAUCCAGUGGUGAGAAGAAACAAGAUAACAUCCUGGAUUUUUAUAUAUGAGUCAAGGUUGCACUAUGUUACCAUUUGGAGAAUCAGCGUAUGCACUGAACCAUGAUUGGUUAUAAAGAAUUUGUCAUUCUUGUAUUUGCGUGACCAAAGACUUGAAAGCGUAUACAUAUAUGUAUAUGUCUGUGGGAAAAA